AUGGCUAACACGGAGACAGGGAACAGGGAGAAAGGGAGAACCAGUGAAGGGGAUGGGGGAAAGCAGGGAAGGGGAUGGGGGGAAGCAGGGAACAGGAUGGGGGGAAGCAGAAAAGGGGUUGGGGGAAAGCAGGGCAAGGGUUGGGGGAAAGCAGGGAAGGGGAUUGGGGAAAGCAGGGAAUGGGAUGGGGGGAAGCAGGGAAGGGGAUGGGGGGAAGGAGGGAAUGGGAUGGGGGGAAGCAGGGAACAGGAUGGGGGGAAGCAGGAACGGGAUGGGGGGAAGCAGGGAAGGGGAUGGGGGGAAGCAGGGAAGGGGAUGGGUGGAAGCAGGGAAGGGGAUAGGGGGAAGCAGGGAAGGGGAUGGGGGGAAGCAGGGAAGGGGAUGGGGGGAAGCAGGGAAGGGGAUGGGUGGAAGCAGGGAAGGGGAUGGGGGGAAGCAGGGAAGGGGAUGGGGGGAAGCAGGGAAGGGGAUGGGGGGAAGCAGGGAAGGGGAUGGGUGGAAGCGGGGAAGGGGAUGGGGGGAAGCAGGGAAGGGGAUGGGGGGAAGCAGGGAAGGGGAUGGGGGGAAGCAGGGAAGGGGAUGGGGGGAAGCAGGGAAGGGGAUGGGGGGAAGCAGGGAAGGGGAUGGGGGGAAGCAGGGAAGGGGAUGGGUGGAAGCAGGGAAGGGGAUAGGGGGAAGCAGGGAAGGGGAUGGGGGGAAGCAGGGAAGGGGAUGGGGGGAAGCAGGGAAGGGGAUGGGUGGAAGCAGGGAAGGGGAUGGGGGGAAGCAGGGAAGGGGAUGGGGGGAAGCAGGGAAGGGGAUGGGGGGAAGCAGGGAAGGGGAUGGGUGGAAGCGGGGAAGGGGAUGGGGGGAAGCAGGGAAGGGGAUGGGGGGAAGCAGGGAAGGGGAUGGGGGGAAGCAGGGAAGGGGAUGGGGGGAAGCAGGGAAGGGGAUGGGGGGAAGCAGGGAAGGGGAUGGGUGGAAGCAGGGAAGGGGAUAGGGGGAAGCAGGGAAGGGGAUGGGGGGAAGCAGGGAAGGGGAUGGGGGGAAGCAGGGAAGGGGAUGGGGGGAAGCAGGGAAGGGGAUGGGGGGAAGCAGGGAAGGGGAUGGGGGGAAGCAGGGAAGGGGAUGGGUGGAAGCAGGGAAGGGGAUAGGGGGAAGCAGGGAAGGGGAUGGGGGGAAGCAGGGAAGGGGAUGGGGGAAAGCAGGGAAGGGGAUGGGGGGAAGCAGGGAAGGGGAUGGGUAGAAGCAGGGAAGGGGAUGGGGGGAAGCAGGGAAGGGGAUGGGGGAAAGCAGGGAAGGGUGACAAGUGUGCACCAUGGGAAGGGAGACGGGAGGGAUGGCGAGGGCGAUGGGGAGAGAGGAGGACGGGGACUGCGAGGGGACGAGCGGGAGGAAGGGCGACGAGACGAAGGGAAGGCGACGGGCGGAAGGGAGAGCGACGGACGGAAUGGUGGGCGACCGGCGGAAGGGAGAGCGACGGACGGAAGGGUGGGCGACCGGCGGAAGGGAGAGCGGCGGGCGGAAGGGUGGGCGAUGGGCGGAAGGGUGGGCGACGUGCGAAAGGGAGGGCGACGGGCGGAAGGGAGGGCGACGGGCGGAAGGGACGGUGACGAGAGCGACGUUCGGAUGGGAGGGCGACGCGUGGAAGGUGGAGCAACGAGCGGAUGA